AUGUUGAGGCAACUGCAGCUCAAGCGGCGACAACAACGCUCCUUGGCCGCACGCAAACGGCGCUGCACAAGCAAUGCCAAGGAUCUGGAGCAACUGGACACGUUCCAUCGUGCCAUUAGACCCUAUCUCUGUCUGGCUCAGAUCUUUGGCAUGCUGCCACUGUCAAAUGUGUUGAGUCCUAAUCCUCGGAAUGUGAAAUUUCGACUACGUUCCUCGGCAAUGUGUUUUUCAGUGCUCUUUUUGCUGCUGGGUACAAUAAAAACCACGCGUAUAGCGGUUAAGAUCUAUCAAGGCGGCAUCAAUAGCAGAAACAUGGUUAGUCUAGUUUUCUUUAUGAGCGGCUUGAUAAUCUGCCUGAAAUUCAUAUGCUUUGCACGUUGUUGGCAUCGUCUCAUUAUACCCUGGAAUGAUAUUGAUAUUAUCAUGUUAUUCCCUCCUUAUGCACCGACUAAACGAAGUCUACGCCGUAAGCUGUUGAUUACGGGUUGCUUACUCGGUUGUCUGACCUUAAUUGAUCAUUGCUUAUAUUAUGCCUCGAGUUAUUACAAUUAUCGCAUGCAUAUCAUCCACUGUCACACAAAUGUUACGGAGAUUCCCUUUAGCGGUUAUAUGAAGCGGGAAUUUGCAGAUAUAUUUGAAAUUUUACCCUACAACUCCAUCUUUAUAUUCUAUGCCUUUUUCUUGAAUUGGACCUUCAAUUUUAUUUGGAGUUUUUUGGAUACUUUUAUCAUUCUUAUCAGCAUAGGAUUGGCUCAACGCUUUAAACAGUUUGCCCAGCGGGUGCUGAAGCUAACAAAUCGCCAAGUGCCUGAUGCCUUGUGGCUUGAAUUACGCAAGCAUCACAUACUUCUUUGUGAGCUGCUGGAACUAGUUGAUGCCAAUAUGUCGGGUAUUGUCUUGCUGUCCAGUCUAAACAACAUUUACUUUAUUUGCAAUAGAUUAUUAAAUAUUUUCACGAAACUACGUUAUCCCAUUAAUUAUGCCUUUUACUGGUAUGGCUUAAUAUUCUUAUUGGGUCGCACCUGUGCUGUGUUUCUCUGUGCAUCAAGAAUACACGAAUAUUCGUUGUUGCCCCUUGAGGUGCUCUAUAUGGUGCCCAGUGAUAACUGGACAGAGGAGGUGCAACGUUUCACACAUCAGUUGACCAGCCAGUAUAUAGCACUUUCUGGAUAUCGACUUUACUAUCUGACUAGGCAGAGUUUCUUUGGUAUGAUGUCCACGCUGGUUUAUUAUGAGUUUAUGCUGCUGCAAUUGGAUGCCAAGGACCACAAGGUGGAAUUACCCGAUUUGUGUGCCGAAAAUUAAUAUUGAAAAGCUUCUUGAAUUGAAAAUUAUUUGGUUUAUAAAGCUAUAAGC